GAGAGAGAGAUGAAGAUAAAGAUGAAGAUGCAGAUGAAUUGGAUGAUGGAAAUGAAGAGAGAAGAUGAAAUAUAUUGCUAAGGAUUUUCAAUGGAAGAUGAUGAUGCGCAACUUUCUUCUCUCUCUCUCUCUCUCUCUUUUCAUCAUCCUUGGUCUUCAACCAAAAGCCCUUUGAACUCACUCUCAUCUCUCUCACCAUCAUGAGCAUUAUUUUACUCACUCAUCUUCAUUUGUCAACAAAACGCUGUUCAAUAAACAUCAAUAUUCAUCAAGAGCUUUCAGAUCAACAAUAACAAUCAAAAUCUGAAAUAAAACCUGAAAAUCAGUAAAUUGUAAUAGUAAUCAAAUUAAUUUUCCUCUCCUUCACUUAGUAUUUUUCAUGACAAUUUCUCAAUAUAAUUAGUGAAAUGAACAUCAAAUCAUCAUCAUCAUCUUCAUAUUAUCAUCUAAUGGACUAAUAAUAAUCAUCUUCAUCCCAUUGAUUAUCAACAAUUUAUUAAUCACCUUAUACAUUAUCUUAAAACUGAAAAGCCUUUUUUAUAGAUAUCAUAAUUUUUUGUUACUCUAUCAUCCUUAUCAUCCUUAUCAUCAUUUCCAUCAUCAUCUGAAUCAACCUCUGAAUCUAUCGAUCCAAAAAGGUUACAUGUAUCUUGAUGAUGACGAUGCUUAAUUCAUGAAGAAAAGUUAACGGAUAACAAUUAAAGUGAACUCAUUGUGCUGAUCAUAUUUAUGGAUUUAAUUUAACCAUCAAAUUGAUUAAGUUGAUUAUUUUUAAAUUCCAAUAGUUUGUGUUUGUGUUCAUCACUUUCACCAUGAAAUCGGGAAUGAUAUCAAGGAUAAUAAACUAUUCCCAUUAAUUUUCAUGAUAUUUUGAGUUCUUUUGAAAAACAUUAUGAUCUUAUCUUCCUUAUCAUCUUCCUCAUCAUCAUCAACUAACGGUCAUUAACAAGAAAGGCUCGUAUCAUUAUUAUUAUAUAACCCAAAGAAUCAACUGAGUAGUUCAUUUGAAUCAUGAAUCUCAUGAAAUAACAACAAGUUUAAAAAUCAAUAAUAUUAUUCAACAUUAUAAGAAGUUGAAAUAAAUCAUUAACAAUCAACUGAAUCAGUUCAAUAUCAUCAAAAUCAUCAACCUAAUUACUGAGUUUUUCUUAUCUAAUUCGUAAAUAGUAAUUACAUUGAGCUUUGAUUCUGUGAUAAUUUGAUUGAAUUUUGUAAAUUGUGACAAUAUUAAGAUUGAUCAACAAUCAAAAAAGAACAACAAAACAAAAGGUAAUUUGAUAUUCAAAUCAACCUGUUGACCCUUGUCCAGUUAACAAAUCACUUCCAAUGGAUAUGUCCGACUCUUCAUCAUCUCAACCUCCAAAUGGAAGGUCAAAUUUAGCCAAAGCAAUUAGGAUUGCGUUAUCAUUUGUUAAUUACUCCAAAACAUUUGAUGAAUCAACGUCCAAUGAUAAUAACUUAUCAUCAACCUCAUUGAAUAUUAAUCCAAAGUGCCCAGGAGGAGGUAAUUUUUGCUCCACAACUUCCGGUUCCAAGUCAUCAUCACCGCCAUCAUCAUCAUCAUCAUUGUCAUCUUCCUCUUCAAUAGUAGGAGUUAGAGCUUCAAGUUCAAUAUCCGCUUCUGGAAGACAACCCAGAGGAGGAGUGGGAGUGGGAAGUAGGUCAACAGGGAGUGAACUGCCCUCAGAAUUAUCAUCAACACUGCAACCAACAACAAGACUACCUUCAAAUUUUGAAUCGGGCUCAAUUAAAUCAGUUAAUUUGGUUGAUUCCCAGUUUACUGAUUAUUAUUCUGAUUAUGAUCCCAUGAUGGGAAUCAGAAUUGCGAUCUCCCUCCUCGGAAUCAUUGUCCUAUUUGCAAUAUUUGUGGUCUACAAAAGCCAUUGUAACGCUAAAAAAGCUAAGCGACUUUUACCUUAUCGUGGAUCGAAUCGGUCAGCUUCUGGUUAUCGGACACCAUGAUUACCCUGAUGGACAAUUAAUGACUCCAUUACUCUCACAUCAACGAUUCCAAAUGAAAUAAAAAAAAAGCCAACAAUCCAAUUAUUAUUACUAUUAAUCCAAUAAGUUAAUCAUCUCAUCAGAUUUCAUAUAAAAUAAUAAGAUACAAAGAAAAUCAAAUCCAUUCAUCAAAGUGGUCAAUCAUCCUCAUCAAUCAUACCUCUUGGUCAUUAUCAUCCUUAUCUUCAACAUCGACACAUUAACUUUAAAUGUCUCAUUUCAUGGUUAUCAUGUUAUCAAUUCUGUCAUUUUCACUGGAAAAAUAUUCCCACUCUUAUGUAAAAACCACCUUAUAUACAUGUAUGAACAUAUAUAUUGAUAUUACAUUAAACUUUGAUGGUGAUAACAUUGAUUCCGGUUGAAAUUAUCACCCGAGAAUGAUGA